AUGGAGUUUUCACAUGAGGCAGUCUUCAGGUCGUUAGCAGGGGUUGCACAGGCUAUUAAGGCUUCUCCUGAUGAAAUCGACAGAAUUGAACAGCUGCUGUCUCCAGGCAACGAAGGCACUGAGACCAGAAUCAAACCCACCAGUCUGUCUUUUCAGGACUGGCAAGUCAUCAUCCAGCAAAAUGUCACAGCAAUGACCGGAGCCACCAUUCAUAUCGCAUUCGUCGCAGUAGCAGUCUCAUUCCUCCGCGAGACAGCCCGCCAAAACCAGCCAGCAACAACAGAUGAUAUCAACCAAUGCUGGACCAUCAUCCGCGACGCCCUCACAUCCACAACUUCUUCCCAAACACACUUUACCGCUUCUCGCAGCGCACAAGGCUUCCUCUCGGUACCCCUAUGCAGCUUGGUCAAAGACGGCAGCAUCGACGAGCUCAUUCGCCUGCACGUCUGGAUGCCGGACGGCAAGCGCGGGAACCCCGAUUUUCACCUCCACUCUCACCAGCCGUUUGCGCAGAGCUGGAUCUUGGCAGGGCAGGGCGUGGAUCACUCCUACCAAGUUGAUCCUGUCGAAGAUCCAGCCGAAGCUACGCACGCAGGAACACGGGAAAACUUUUCCGAGCUGUGA